AUGGAUCCUACAGCCGUAAAUAAUUAUCCGGUUUUUUAUGUUAAAAAUAAAGAUUUUUCAAACGUAGAUAAUGAACAUAUAAGAUGUAGCUUAAAAAGAUUUGAAGAAUAUAUACAUGAGUGCUUCAGUAUAUUACCAUAUAAUAAAAUCAAAAUACAAAAUGAAGAAAAAAUAAUACUUCAACAGUUUUGUGAUGUCCUUGUUUUUAAUCAAUGUGAACAAAUAAUAUGUGCUAUUAUUGAAAAAGAGUGUAAUGAAAAAACAAAAAUAUUUUUCCAAGAAUUAGAGAUAAGAAUUAAAAAUAAUGAAUUUAAAAAUAAUGAAUUUAAAAAUGAUGAAUUUAAAAAUAAUGAAUUUAAAAAUGAUGAAUUUAAAAAUGAUGAAUAUAAAGAUAGAGAAGAAAAAUUUUUAAAAUUAUUUGUUUCCAUAUGGAAUAAUUUUUCUUUAGUACUUAAUCACAUAUCUGAUAUAUUACAUUCUUUUAUUGCUUACAGCAAAAAUAUGUGUUGUAAUUUUUUCGAACCCUCACAAAUUUUUAAUUAUAUAUGGAAAAAAUAUAUUAAUGAAUAUGUUAUAAUAAAAGAUAUGUUUAUAUCUUGUAUAUGUAAUUAUUUAACUUAUGAUAAAUUAUAUUGUGAAAAAUAUAUUUAUGAAUAUUUAUCUGUUAACGUUUGUAAGAAAUAUGGAAGAAAAAGAUAUGACUUUAAAAAAAAACAAAUCAUUCAUAUUGAACGUUUACAGAGAAUUCAGAAGAGUUAUCAAUUAAAUAAUGAAACAACAAACAAACAAACAAACAAAAUAAGUGAAAAGAAUCAUAUAAGUAUAAAGGAUGAUUCAACAGAGAAUAUUAGUAAUAAAAUAAAAAAGGAAGAUUAUAUACAAAUGGGUGAUAAUAAAAAUAGUGAUGAUAAUAACAACAGUGAUGAUAGUUAUAAUAGUGAUGAUAAUAAUAAUAAUAUUUUUAAUAGUGAUGAUAGUUAUAAUUCUAAUUCUUCUAUUUGUGAUACAAAGGAAAAAUAUAGAAAUAGCAAAAAAAAAAAAAAAAAUAUUAACGAUAAAGUUUUAUCCUUAAGUAUACAAAUUACCGAUAUGCUAAACUUAUAUGAAGAUUUCGAAGGUAUUUAUAAAAACGAAACUUAUACAUUUUAUAAAGAAAGAAUUGAGAAAUAUAAAAAAGAUAUUGAAACUUUAGGUUAUGAAAAUUGUAAGUUUGAUUUCCCAAUAAUUGUCGAAAAUUAUUUAUGUCAUGAACAAAUAAGAAGUCAAAAAUUUUUAAAAGAACAUACAGAAAUAAGUAUUUUAAAUAUGUUAAAAGAUCUUUUAUUAGUUAAAAAUAAAGAUAUUUUAUUUAACGAUUCUUAUAUUAAAUAUUGUAUAAUUAAUGAAAAAUAUGAACCAUUAAGAUCUAUAUAUUUAUAUUCUCUAAAUUUAGAUAAUUUAGAAAAAUUUUCUAAUAUUUUUUUUAAUGUAGUAGAUAAUAUUGGAACAGAACUAAUUAAUAACGUUAUAAAUAAAAGAAAUGAUUCAAGUUUAUUAAAUAAUGCAAUUGUUAAAUUAACCAAUUUUAAAUUAAAUGUAGAUAGAAUUAUUAUUAUGUCUUUUACAUAUUCUUCUUAUUUUAUGAAAAAAUGGAGAGAAAGUUUUGAACAUUUUAUAAAUAAAGGUAUACAAGCAGAAACAUAUAUGCCAAUUAUACUGAGUAUUUAUCUUAAUAAUUUAUUAACAAUGUAUAAUGCAUGUUUAAGAAAACUAAAAAAAUAUUAUAUACUAAAUAGAAAAAUUAAAAAUAAAAGAAGCCUAUUCAAUAAUCUACUUUUUGAGGUUGAUUGGAAUAAUUAUUGCACACAACCAAUAACAGAAACAGUUGACUUUUAUGAUAUAUCAACUGAUAGUGAUAAUAUGCUAGGAAUAAAAAAAUAUUUACGAAAAAAAAUAAAAAAUAAAAGAAAAAACAUAAAUUGUGAUACUUCGGGUGAUUAUAUGAAAAUGAAACAAAUGGACAACAAUAUGUAUAAUAAUAAUAAUAAUAAUAAUAAUAAUAAUUUAUAUGUUAAUAAUGAUUUGCAUAAAAAUGUGUAUCAUGACAAUUUCAAUAUAAACAAACGCAAUAAUGAAGCUAUAUGCUUUUAUCUUUUUAAAAUAAAUAAAUUAUUUAAAAAAUAUCAUGUCAUAGGGAAAUAUAUUAUGAAUAUGAUAACUGUUAUUCUUAGCCUUUUUAGAUAUGUAAGUGAUAAAGAAAAAUUUGAAAAAUAUUAUCGAACAUAUAUGUGUAAAAGAUUAAUAAAUGAUGCAAGUUUCAAUAUUGUUUUAGAUGUUAAAGUUUUUAAAACACUUAAAAAAGAAUGUGGAGCACAAUUUACGAAAAAAAUAGAAAUCAUUUUAAAAGAUAUGAAGUUUACAUCUAAAGCUUUAAUGAAAUUUUAUAAAGAUCUACCAAAAAAUGUCAACUACUUUUUAAAAAGGAAAAAAUAUGCAGUUAAUAUAAUUUUUAAUGAAUCAUGGGAAUAUGUAAAUACAGAAAAUAAUGUAAUAUAUCCUCAAAUGAUAAAAAUGUGUAAUGAAGCUUUUCUUUUAUUUUAUAAGAAGUAUAAUAAGUCCAAAAAUAUUAAAUUCUUACCUCUAUUAGGGUUAUGUACUCUUAGGAUGUAUUUUAAAAAUAUGAAGGAAGGAGGUUUAUUUAAUUUGGAAAAUGAGCAUAUUGAAACGGACAAAAGGGACGAUAAUAAUAAUAAUAAUAAUAAAUAUAGUGAUGAUGAUAAUCAAAAAUGUAGUGAUGAUGAUAAUAGUAAAAGUAGUGAUGAUGAUAAUAGUAAAAGUAGUGAUGAUGAUAAUAGUAAAGGUAGUGAUGAUGAUAAUAGUAAAGGUAGUGAUGAUGAUAAUAGUAAAGGUAGUGAUGAUGAUGAUCUUGAGAAUGAAGACAAUUCCAGUACUUAUAACAAGAAAGCGAAAAAAAAAAUUUAUAUUACAGUUACCAUAUUACAAGCACUCGUUUUGUUAUUAUUCAAUAAAAAAAAUGAAUUUCAUAUUAACGAAAUAAAAGAAUUAACAGGAAUAUCAACUGAAAAUAUAAUACGAUAUCUAAAAUCCAUAUAUACGGAAGGAGAAACACAUAUUUUAAUUUAUGAUAAAGAAAAGGAAACAUUAAAAUUAAAUUUCGCAUUUCGUUCUAUGAAACAAUUUCUUAUUGUUAAUUAUAAUGAUUCAUUAUAUAAAGACGAUAUGGGUACAACUAAUUCAUUAUCACAAGAAGACAAUGAAACAGAAGAUAAAAGUUUACACAUAGAUGCAGCUAUUGUCAAAUAUUUAAAAAAUAAUGGAAAAUCAUCAGAAAGAAAAAUAUGCUCUGUUGUUAAAGAUCAAAUGGAUACCGUAUCAAAUGAACAAAUUAAAAAUAGAAUAAGUUCACUAUUAAGUAGAGAGUUUAUAUUUUUCAAAAAUAAUAAUUAUCAUUAUGAAUUGUAA